UUAAAUCGUAUGGCUCGAAAGGCAGGAUUCAAUACAAGACCAGUCACAUCGCCAGUUGUUCCUGUUGGGAAAGAACGUUUAAGAUUUUGUAUAUAUGCUGAUAAUACCGAAGAAGAAAUUCUAAAAUUAUUAAGUGUUAUUGAAAAUUUUUUCAUAGAAGAUAGAAGAAUAAAUGAUAUUCAGAUUUCAAAGCUCUAG